AUGGCUCCUACACCUCCGCAGAUGCCCUACCUCGCCGAGGAGAUCAUCUCGGAGAUCCUCCUCCGCCUCCCGGCGAGGCACCUCGCCCGCUGCCGCGCCGUGUGCCGGGCAUGGCGAGUCCUCGCCACAGAUCGCGUCUUCCUGAUGGACCACCACCGCCGCCAGCAGGCGCGCCCACUCAUCUACUUCCUCUGCUCGGGCAACGGUGAUACCAAGAACUUCCGGGUCGACGCCUUGGACCUCCGCGCCGGCGGAGGUGGUGCCAAGAACUCCCGCGCCGACGCCCUCGACCACCGCGGCGACGCCCUCGACCUCCGCGCCGGCGGAGGUGGUGCCAAGAACUCCCGCGCCGACGCCCUGGGCCUCCGCGGCGACGCCCUCGACCUCCGCGCCGGCGGAGGUGGUGCCAAGAACUCCCGCGCCGACGCCCUCGACCUCCGCGCCGGCGGAGGUGGUGCCAAGAACUCCCGCGCCGACGCCCUCGACCUCCGCGGCGACGCCCUCGACCUCCGCGCCGGCGGAGGUGGUGCCAAGAACUCCCGCGCCGACGCCCUCGACCACCGCGGCGACGCCCUCGACCUCCGCGCCGGCGGAGGUGAGGCCAAGAACUUGGGUGCCGACGCCCUGGGCCUCCGCGCCGGCGGCAGCGAGCCCAUCAUCCUCUUCUCCGAGCCCAUGGACGAAGACGGCGUCGAGGUCACCCUGGAGCUCCACGGGUGCUGCGCUGGCCUGCUCCUCCUGUCCUUCACGGACGGGGUCACCUGCACGGAGCAUCUCUACGUCUGCAACCCAGCCACGCACCAGACGGCGGCGGUCCCGUCGAUCGACAUCUACAAGAUCGCCGGAUUCUACCAGCACGGCCCGAGCGCAGAGUACAGGGUGCUGUACCACCGAGGCGCCGGCUACAGCAAGGCCUACGAGGUGCUGUCUCUGAACUGUGGCCACCGGAGGUGCAUCGGACGCCCUGUCGCAUCAGAGGCCGACGCCGACGCGGUGGCGUGGCUGGCGAGAGGGCCCAAGCCCGCCUGCUGGGAGCCGCCGGUGCUCCUCCACGGCAGCCUGCACUGGCCGCCACAAUUGGAGUCAAGCGGCUCCAUCCUCGUGUUCGACACACUGGCGGAGAAGUUCCGAUGCAUCCCUUCUCCCGUUCAGCCGGGAUCCGUUUCGUGGCUCUUCGAUAUGGACGGCACCCUGGCCCUAUCCAGCCGGAGGAACCCGAUGGAGCACCCAGUGUUCGUCGACCUCUGGCUCCUCGAAGACUAUGACGACAUCGACACGGGUGCCUGGCUGCACAGCGGAGACUUCAAGGUCAAGUCCGUCGAAGAUAGCAUCCUCCCCUUACGCUGGCCUCGGGGUUCGUUCAUAGUUUCCCGGCGUGGAGAUGUGGUGGUCGACUGCACGGAGCUGCUGCUGCGGUUCGACAAGGAGGGGGAAUUGCUCGGCACCAUCCACGACAAGCACUACUUGGUUAAGUUCUCUCUCCUCCUCCUCAAGGAGAACCUUACCUCACAGCCUUUCUUUGAGGAGAAUGCCAGCGGCACCGGGUGCACUGCAGUGCCACCUUUCUUUGAUCAGCUGCGCUCAAUGCGCUAG